UCAAUAUGUUAAAUGAAUAAAGUCUCUCAUACAACUUCUCUAUAUACUUACAACUAAAAUAUUGAAGAAUGAAGACUUUCGUGCUUGCUACAUGUCUGCUAGUUUUUGUGCAGAUAAUUUACGCAGAUACUGAAAGACGAAAAAUUCUUCGUAAAGAUAUAGCUGAAUGUGCAAGAACAUUACCAAAAUGCGUAAAUCAACCAGAUGAUCCGUUAGCUAGAGUCGAUGUAUGGCAUUGUGCUUUGGCCAAGGGUGGCGUAUUUGAUGACCCAGAUCCAGCUGCUAUAAAAAAAAAAGAUGAUAAAUAUUGCGCCAUAGCUAUCACUGAUCCCGCUAAUGUGGAAAAUUGCAAGAAAGUUGUUUCUAGAUGUGUAGAUAAAGAAUCUCAACGCCCAAGAUCCAACAGACAGAAAGCAAUAAAUAUAAUAGCAUGUGUUUUAAGAGCUGGUGUGGCGGAGACUACAGUGCUAGCCCGUGAACAACGAGACACAUAA